AUGACCAUCCGACCCAUGAAGUUCACUCCAGAGGUCCUGCUCGGAGCCCCGAGGUGCUCGGGGCCAGUUCCCAAUGCCUCGGGCACUCUUGCGGUCUACACGCAGACUACCUACUCCUUCGAGUCCCACUCCAAGACCAAUGAGAUCCGCGUUCUCGACAUCGCGACCGGUCGGUCAGCCUUAAUUACGAAUGAUGCGGGUGCCAGCUGUCCGCAAUGGCUGGGAGACAGCGACCAACUGGUCUGGCUCAAGGCCAAGGCCAACGGCAACACCGGGUUCGUGGUGGGCGAUGCACACGAGGUGGACAAAACAUACACGGCGGGCACCGUACCGGGACCCGUCUCGGAUCUCAAGGUCACCGUCAUCGAGCCGGGAAAGAUUGGCUUCGCCGUGUCUGGCAAGGCCAAUCCCGACGGGACGCUCCACAACCCGCAGGACGCAAAGAAGCCGGUGACCACGGGUCGGCUGUUUACCACACUGUAUGUGAGACACUGGGAUGCGUACAUCGAGCCGCAGAAGAAUGCCAUCUGGUAUGGUCUGCUUCAACGUGCCCCGUUGUCUCCUGCUACCAGACAUGCCGGGAAAUAUUCGGUCUCCGGACUUACGAACUUGAUCUCGGUGUCCGGUUUGACAGGCGUCGAAGCCCCGAUCCCACCGUUCGGAGGGACCGGCGACUUUGACAUUAGCCCUUCGGCGAUUGUGUUUGUGGCGAAAGAUCCGGACCUCAAUCCUGCCACGCACACCUCCUGCUCGUGUUACUACUGUCCGAUGUUUUCAUGGACCGGGGUGACUGCGCUGGAGGCCAAGGUCUGUGCGGUGAAGGGUCUUGAGGGAGCCAUGUCUUCCCCGAUCCUGACGUCAGACGGUAGCUCCAUUGCCCUCCUGGCCAUGCGCGAAGAUGGGUACGAGUCCGACAAGAGACGUAUCUUGUACGUGCCCAACCCGUGGAGUGGCGAGAUGAUCGAGGCGUUCGCUUCUCCGGACGGAGAGGGCUCCUGGGAUCUGAGUCCUUCUGGACUGGUAUUUUCGAACGAUGAUCAGACUUUGUAUAUCCAAGUCGAAGAGAAUGGUCGUGGAGUGUUGUAUCAGCUUCCUGUUGCCGACAUCCGCCAUUCCACCCCUGACAUGUUGAAGAAAAUCACGCAUUCCGGCUUCGUCACCGAUGUCUAUCCAGCCUCCUCGACGUCGUCUAAGCUGCUGAUUUCCAGCACGAGCUUGGUGGACAACAGCCUUUGGUCGAUUGUGGACCCAGAGUCCCCGACUGAUGUGCGCGUCAUCUCUUCGAUCGGCCGCAAUGGUGCUACCUUCGGUCUCUCUCCCUCGCAGGUGGAUGAGAUCUGGUACCGGGGCGCCAACGACACCCCGGUCCACGCCUGGGUUGUGAAGCCGUCCAACUUCAAGCCGGGCGAGAAAUACCCAUUGGCGUACUUGAUCCAUGGUGGUCCCCAAGGUGCAUGGUGUGAUCAAUGGAGUACGCGGUGGAAUCCGGCCGUGUUUGCCGAGCAGGGAUAUGUUGUGAUUACCCCCAACCCGCGGGGCAGCACCAGCUACGGCCAGAAAUUCACGGACGAGAUUCGUGGCUGCUACGGCGGACUGCCCUACAUUGACCUUGAGAAGGGGUUCGAUUACAUUGAGAACAACCUGGAGUACGUCGACACCUCGCGGGCUGUAGCGCUGGGCGCUUCGUUUGGUGGCUACAUGGUCAACUGGAUCCAGGGACACCCUCUUGGUCGGCGCUUCAAAGCUUUGGUGACCCAUGAUGGCGUCUUCAGCAUGACCUCGAUGCUCUCCACCGAAGAGCUGUACUUCCCGGUGCGGGAUCUCCAGGGUCCGCUGUGGAAGGUCCCGGAGAACUGGGAGCGGUGGGACCCAUCGCGACACACGGCCAACUGGCAGACCCCGCACCUGGUGAUCCACAAUGAGCUGGACUACCGACUGACCAUCGCCGAGGGACUUGCGGCGUUCAACGUGUUGCAGAUGCGGGGGGUGGAUAGUGCGUUUUUGACUUUUCCGGACGAGAACCACUGGGUGCUGAACCCGGAGAACUCGCUGAUGUGGCACCACACGGUGCUCAACUGGAUCAACAAGUAUGUGGGACUGCCGCCUGCCUCGCAGGAGUUUGCCGAGUUUAGCGCGACCAAGCAACCGUCGAUGGAAAGACGGUUGCAGCAUGUAGCACUGGAUGCUUGA